CCGGACAUUAGGCGCAUCAAUUUGCGAGCGUUUGAUGUCGAUUUACCCUGUGUUGUAGUUUCGUUGGCCGUGUUGUCCAUGCUCGUUCGGCACCAGCUGAGCCUCAGGUACUAUAGAAGAUUUCUAAGCAGGUAAGACAGUGCUAAAUGAAGAUACAGUUGUGCAGUUAAUUCAAAUCAUUGCGUCUAAGAAACUGUUUUCGUUCUCGUGAUAUUCACAUCUACGUACAAAACAGCGAUAAGGCCAGGAUAACAAGGUGUCUUUGUCGAUCGUCACGAAAUAUUUUUCGAAGUAACUCUCCACUUCCACUCAGGUUACACAUAUCAUCCCCGUUUCAAAACACGGUGCAUGAUUACAACAUCAGAUCUUAGAACAACGUAGACAUUUGCACGAUACUUUCGCACCAAAACCUGCUUUAUGUGAAGAUAUCGGUCAAUGUUACUGCAUAGAAAAUGUGUUUAAUUAUUUUCUAAAAAUUUUACAGGUUGGAAGAUCAAUAACACAUGCGGGCAUAGCAUGUACUCGGAUUUUCUAGGCUUUUUUCAGUGAAAGCACCUUUUUUGUGAAUAUUGCUGAUAAUUCGGACGUUAACAGUUUUUUUUCUUUCAUUAUUUUAUUUUUGUGCAACUACGUGGUAAUAAUCUCUUGGCUGGUAACUAAUGAUUAAAAGUUUGCUUCAAACUUAUCACUUUCCUUGCUUGAAAAAAGCUUAAUUUCCAAGCGAAACUACGCGUUAGGACUGGAUAGUAGAACUUCUUUAAUACGUCAUGUGAUUUAAGUCUUUCACGUGAUCAGUGUAUUUGUUAUAGAGGAAAAUUAGAAAGCUAAAAUACAUCCUGACGUACCCAGGGGGUAUCAGGAGGUCUUUGCAGGACUCACAAUGGGUAAACAGAGAAUCAAUCCACUUUGGAAACUAAGAUUGCUUCUGUCUCACGCACAUCUUUUACAUCUUUACUAGACAUGUAAAUUGCGGAAUUAACAAAAUUAUCAGACAAAUUUGAGUGUCUCAAUUUCAGUCUUGAACAUAUGAUGAAGACUAAAACUCAUGUACGUAAAGCACUCGCAUGGAUAAAUUACCCACACAAAUGAUUAUUUAUGGUUAACUUCAACUUGAGUGAAGGCCUUUAAUAUGUACUUCCCCGGGAUUUUGAGUUGAAGCGAAUUCUUCUUUUUUUUUUCGCUCUCCGUGCAAAAGGUAUUCUUCUCUGUUAAUAAAAGGGGUCUGUUUCUAAAGAAACUGUGGUGCUGCGGUUGUGCUGCGUCGGUGGGUGGUAUUACAAGAUAAUUUGGCGUCAUCAACUGAGUUGAUAACGGCUCUGACGAAGCAUGGGUUAACGCUCGAAAAGUCAGCUUUAGAGACUGAAACGGCGCACAAUUUACGUUAUUUAUUCCGUUGAUAAGACCGUAUUUUCUAGUAUUCUACGUAAGUUUUUCGAAGGAACUAUGUCAACGAAUAUAUUCAAUUUAGAAGGAAGCCGGAUUAAAAAAAAAAAUUAUGUAAAAAGAGUUUUUUUUACUCCUUACUAUAUUUGUUUUUCAAGGCUUCGCCAACGUCGCGUGUUGAAGCCUACCUGGUAAAAACCCCGGCUCACGGGCUACAGCGGAUUCACCUUUAAACGCAAUAAAGUAAAAGUAAACAUCGGUCAUAUGUGCUCGGGCCGGUCUUGGGUUUAUAAAAUUUGUAAUGGAGGAUAGCGGUUAACUCACAGUUUCGCAUUUUGGCAAUUGUAAUUUGCUUAGAGUAUAUAGGCUAAGUAAACCUUCUUUAGUUCAAAUGCAUCAAUACAAAUGAAUGUGAAGUCUAAUAAGUGAUAAACAUUCCUUACAGUCGCUCAAUCAAAAUCAUUGUCGUAAUUUUAAAACCGUUUGUUGUGCGAAAAUGUAUCUCGUAAUAUCUGACAUAUACUCAUCGAUCCAAAGAUUGAGCUAGGUAGUAACGUUUGGAAGGUCACGUGGUUCAACCACGUGACUUCCCCUUCAUUGGGCUUGUACUUGAUCCUCAUCCAUCCUCAGUCGAUAUCUCAGGUAAGAUAUUUUCCUGCCAAAUAUGGAAAGGACGUCACAGAGUGAGUCAAUCAAAACCUAACGUUGAAUUUCUCACAAACUAAUCUAUGCUACCUGUCUGAAUAAUCCAUUAACAUUUCUGUGUUGAGGUGAUCCAAUAAAUUACAUCAACUCCCAUGAAACCCAACCAGACAACACGAUUUUCUCGAAAUAUAGAAAUAACAAAUUAUUCAAAGCUCAGUGAGUGAAUGGAAAGAGGUUUUCAAAAAAGGUCGCAGAGAGAGACUGGUCAUGUUCCGGUUCAAGAGCAUGAGGUGUGCGCCAUGCACCCGGCUGAUAAUGCUGUGGGCACUACCAAAACAUUCAAUCACGGUGCCUCGGAAACGCUGGCGGCUUGCUCUAAAAAUACCAUAGUGUUUCAACGAGGAGGUGAACGAACAUCGAAUAUUUGUUCGCCAAAUGCCACCACCUCCACAGGGCUGAUUAUUUUGCGUGGUUGAUUACGGAAGUUUCUGAUGCAUUUGCAUGGCCUAUCAGUUUCCUUUUCUUCUUUUGUAUUGACGCUCUUUUCAUUCUCUGUAGUUAGUUUGUUUCCCCAUCCACAUCUUUCUCUUCUUAUUUUGGCAUUUAGUUCGUUUAGUUCUUAGCAGAACAGAUCCAGAGUAAAGAACAGGAGUUAGGAAUAGCAUCACGAUAAAUAAAUUGCCGCAGGCAGGCUUUGAUGAGUUCAGCGUCGAAAACUGAAAGUUGAACGAAGAAACACAUUGAACCACUGAGAAAAAUUAAUUGUCAAGUACGUGCAUGGUUUGAUUGAUCCGAUUAAAGAGUAUCUACUUGGGCAAUGACACCAAUUUUAGUUUGACGCCUUGGUGUCUUGGGCCCCUAUUGAGAUGUUAAGAGUGCUAGCAUUUUAAUGCCAAUAACUUGUCUAAAAAAGGCUGACAUGCCUGAAGGCGCAGAAAAUUUAUAACUUACUUCAAUAAAUCCUUGGUCUACAGAUUCCAUGUUCAGAGAUCUUUAAGUUGAAAUGCGUCGGAAUGGAAACUUUUAAUUAAAAUGGAGAACUUCGAGCACUAAUUUUUUUCUGGAUCAGUCUCGCGAAGCUUUUGGAGAAAUAACUGAAUGAAUAGAUUUUUGAUCAACGUUUUUAAGAUAGCCUCAAGCAAGAUAUCAAUAACAUGCCAGCGUUCAUGCAUUAACAUGAAAAAAGAUGUUUUAGAUUUUGAAGAAGGUUCUAGCGUUGGUCAAGAUGGAUCGUUUGUUGAUUAAUGUCCUUAUAUCAUGGGAUAGUUACAUCGUCCCUCUAAGUACGAAAGUUAGUCAAUAUAAGUAGGACUUUCGUCCAUGGUAACAUGAGAGCAAUAGUGAACUUUUCUUUAAAAUAUUGUGUCUUACAACAAGAGGAUGCUUUGUAUCUCUUUUCUAUAAAUAACCAAACAGCAAAACAGCACCAAACUUUUACUGCAAGUACAGUAUCUAUUUUAUUUUCAGAGAAAGCAAGCAGUCAAACGUAAGUGGUUUGAAGUAGCCCUCACAGAGCUUAAAGAUUAGAAAUUGUCAGAUUUUUUCGGCGAGGAAAAUAGGACAUCUAACAGAUUUGAAAAAUAUCAUCAUCUCCACAAAAGGCCGUGUAAAAAUAGCGUAGUUUACCACAAAAAAUGUUAAAGAUUACGCGAAGUCUUUUGCUCACUCAGACGUACGAUUUCAACUUUAUAGGUUAACUUAAAGGCACUUUUUUGCUUGAAAUAAUUAUCGAAAUGAGUGCAAGGACCUAGCAAGUCUGUUUGCACAAGCCACCUUGAACUCGCCCUGGUUAGCUUGCGAGCCGCCCAGCAGGACGUGUAGACAACCAAAUAUAACUCCAUGAAUAGCAUUGUAUUUCCCGAGGCUAUAAAGACACACACUUUGGUAAGGCACAUAUAAUAAACGUCUCCUGGGGGUUAAAUAUGCAAACGGCUUCUAGACUAAGAGCUGCCGGCCAAUUUAGCAUAAUCAAGCCUGCUUUACACACAAUACCCGACUGUCACUUGUAAAAUUUGAAUAAAGGGGAGUGAGGUAUAAUUGAGCAUUUUAAAUAGGUCUUUUUGUCAAAACGUCCCGCGCUGACAAAGGACGCGGCUUAAAAAUUUCUAAUAACAAUUUUCCGUCAGUGGUAGCUCACUGGAUGAAAUGCGUUUUUUGCAGCAUACGAAAGGAGUUUAACUUCGCAAACUGUUUUUCAAGGAAAGAUGGCAGUGAGGGUGAAGACAGACAGAGAAAGUCACCUCUCGUAUUGUACAGGGGCUUUAGGGAAGGUGGAUUCUCUGCAGCUACAGAAAAAUGCUUCAAAUGCUGAAAGUUUUGACCACGUCAGACAACAAACGAGCUUUGUAGAUGAAACUGCACAAGGUAGGGAAAUAGUGAUUCAGAAAAUUUGAACCAAUUAAAAGCUUUUUUACGUACGUGAUAAUGUGACCGGCGGAUACGUUCGAGCGGCAGAUAGUUAGCUUUAGGCUCUAGUCGGCCAGCUGGUUUCUUCCUUUUCAGCUAAGCACAACCCUCGUGAGAACUUAACUCAAAUUUCCUCAAAUAAAAACUGUUGCUAGGGAUGGCUGACUUAAGGAGGCUAUAGUCGUUUAAUUGCUUUCAUUCGUCAUGUGCCAAACUUGUGCACAAUAUGAUGAAAGCGAAAUUAGGGCCUUAAAAUUCACAAUACCGCAUGAGGUAAUAAAAAGCCUGAGGCGUUUUUCGGUUCCCUGAACAAUUUCUCCUCUGUCACGUUCACAUUCUCAUUCACUGCAAUUCAACAAAAGACCUAUCGAAUUGGAAAAUAAGAAACGAGUGUUUACUCAUUUUGCAUCUCAGUCUUUUUACAUCAAUUAUGGUGAGUUCGUGAUGAAGCCAGUCAAAUACAUCUGAAGACAAUACAAAUACUACUCUUCCUAACAUUUUGCUGUUCUAAUCUAUUCCACGGUAAAAAAAACACGCUCAAAAAAAAAAACAACCGCUUUUCUAGGUAAACAUGUUUACAUGAAAAGCAGAUCUAGACUGGAAAGGGUAAUGAAAUUCCAAAGGUACCGUUUUAAGUUAUAUAUUCUAGAUUGUCGUGAAAUGAAGGACACGGCUGAAUUGUGCACUUUUCUUGCAAAAUAUCUGGCUUCCGCACGACUGUUAAGUAGAUAAUAAAUCAAAGAGUUGUUUAUUUUUUUCCUCUGGAAAGUUCGCCCGUGAUUUUGGUUAAUCUUAUGACUCCAAAUAUUUCCUACAAGGCCAUAAAUCUUAAUCACGAAGACAUUCAUUGUAUGCUAGCUUGAACUCGACACGUUCGUUUACUGGAAGCCUCUUAAACGGAAAUCACUUGUUACCAUUCAGCUGUCUUAGUAGUGAAGCUUUUUACAUGAAUUAGAUAUACGCUAAACUGAGUACCUAUAUACAGCUUGUCUCAGCCAUAAAAGAUCAUUUUCCUUUCAUUUUAUAACCAACCGAUUCAAUAAAAAAUCGAAGAGAAGUUUCCAGUCGUUCGAAAGCAGAGAUAUUCUUCAACUGGAAUUAUAGUGCGAGAAAAGAAGAAAAGAUUUGUGAACAUACUGCCUGAUCGCAUUUGAGGCAACUUUUUGUCUCAGGAAUUCAUUACUUCAUCAAGUUUGGCGUAUCUUUUUCACAAUGGAAAACAAAGCUUAAAAUAGAAAUUGUAAGCCUUCCAUUAUCUAAGCAUUAGAAGGCCAUGUUAACGAAGCGUAAAAUGAUCACGCACAUUUUGUUUUCAGUUAAAGCUACAGUUUUAAUGAUUAAUUUUGACCAGAUUCAUUUCAUUGCUAAACAAAUUUCAGAAGAUAAAUUGAUAGUAUGCAUUGAAUUCUCUGCUGAAGUGUUUUUCUGUAGAUAUAUAGGCAAUACCUGCUUUUGCUGACAAGUUUAACAAGUCUAAAGGGAGGUAAAGAAACACCCUUAAACAGCUUAUUUCACUUCGUUCAAAGCAGUUUUCAGUUCUUGGCCUUUUUAAGGAUCUCGAACUUGAUUAAAUUUUCCCAUGCCGUGUAACUCAACUAUGGUGCCACAAACUAGUACACAUUCUUACAUAGGCUUACCAAUAACAAUGAUUCCUUCUCUAAUAACCGCAUACUACAUAAUGAAAUGAUCGUGUGCGCUUUUCACAACAUCAGUAAUUUAAAUUUAAUAGCAUAUGAUAUACACAUCGUCGACAGGUUAUCGUCAAGGUUUUGAAAUAAUCUGAUUUAAAAACUUUACGUCUGAAAUAUAUCGUUCACCUUUAUCGUGCAGACUUCUGUUUCAGUCUCGCUUGAACCUUCAUGUAACGCACUGUGAAAUGUAUCUGCAUCUACGUAAGUAGGAGACCUGACUUUCAAGAAGAGGAACAAAAAUCUAACUUGAAACCAAGGAAUUUACAGCAGAAGCCAAAGCCAACGCGAACAAGAAAAACAUUUUUGACAACACAGAUCAGUGAAUUGUGAUCCAUGGGUCGUGGGGUUUUAAGCAAAAUUUCUUGUCAAUAUUGACAGUCUGUACUCUACUGUAGCUUCAGUUGCCAUAUCAAUGUGAUAAUUUAUCAUAUUUUGCUGAGCUCGUUUCGUCUAGUCUUAAUCAAACAAAUGUACGCUUUGCCACUAAUAUUUGCUCUCACCUUACAAUAGCAUAAUGACCCCCAGAUAAGGGACCACUUUUAAAAAACAACGUGUAGGUCGGUACCAUUUAAGUCGGCUACAAACUAAUUGCCUUUCGAUGUAUAAAACUGGACUUAGAUUGCAAGUAUUUUGUUCACAACUGGCAAGUUUCUAGCUUUUACAACUGACAUGAUGUCUCCUUUGAAUUAAGCUCGAGAGGCACUGGAUCAGACAACUCCCAUCUCUUUGAGACUCGUAUAGAUUCUAACACAUGUCUUUGAUAAUAAUAGAUUCUAACACAUCACUUUACUCAAAUAAUAUCACAGAUGUACUCACACGACCUUUGACUUUUCCUUGACAAACCACGGUUGAAUUACGAAGAACGCAGAUUUUAUCAAGUCUAAAGGUGAAAAUAUUAUGUCUCCAUCCUUUGGAAUGCACUUAAUCGAAAUUCCUUAAUACUCUAAAUCACGCAAAACAUAGCUUUAAUUUUCAUUUAACUAGCUUUAGUGGUCAAGAUUCUCCAAAGUCUUCCAUUCCCCUUAUCGACCAGACGUGAAGGAAAAGUCAACACAUUAGCUACCUGCACAAGUUUUAUGUCUCAUUUAAGCUUUGCUCUUCACAAAAAAGAAAAUUAAACCUACUUUGAACCGCAACUUGCUCCUUAAAUUUUGUAGAUUUGAACUUGCUACCAGGUAACAUCCCCACUCAUUUACGCUUCUCAAACCCGAAAUGUAAUCUUGGUUUGAAUCUUUCAAAAUAUUUUUCCCGGGACAAUAUCACUUACAUCAGUUUUACGUAAUAUGGAAAAAAUUCAGGAAAACCAACAUAAAAAAAUACGAUCCACGGGCUUAAGUCACGAGAAAAGGUGCCAGGUUGCUAAGGAAACCAAAGUGCCUUUGACAACCUUAACUUCCUGCAGAUCUAACGGAUGUAUUUGCCUCAGUAUCUCCAAUUUAGAUCAGUUGUUGACUUGAAGUGGUUGAGUUGCCUCAUAUGGAAAUCAAUUCACUAUUACUGAGACUAACUAUACAAACGUUUUAUAAAUAUAGUAAAUAGGGAACAAACCAUUUUACGCAUUCGAACGACAAUACAGCAUUUUGUUAUUUUUAUCAAAAAUUGUGGACAUAAACACGCAUGUUUGCGCAAUUCGUCGAAUCAAUUUAUUGGUAUUGGUAUAUAUUGUUGGUAUAAUUAAAUACCCUUUUUAUUAAAUUUUAUAGAGAGUACACUUAAAGAGAGUACAUUUUGAAAGGUGUAUUUCUAAGGCGCUUAGGAAUCAAAUGGCAUGGGUUUCGUAGAAUCUCAUGAGAUACGAACCGCUCCAUGAUAUCGGGGACAUAAUUAGAUUUUAAUGGUCUUCUUAUGGCUCUUCACGGAAUCCAAUUUUCAGAAGCACGAUAUCAUUACUACAAUCUUGCUCAAAAAAGUGUCAUGGGCUAUGUAUAGCCUAAUUCGAGACAUAUGAACUCAAAGCCAAAGCAAACGACAGUUUAUCACAGUCACUUUUCAAGCACGUGCGUCAUUCAUUUGCUCCAUAGAGGAGAGGGUUGCCUGCCGACUAAAAAAAAACCCGCCAACGCAUGUAACUAUAUUACAUCGUGAGAAAAAUAAUAAACGUGCCUUAGUAUUGGUGUGUUCCCAUUGUUAAAACUUUCUUAUAAUAAAAACAACAAAAUCAAAAACAAGAGAAAAAUUACUCAUCCUUUUUUUUUCAUUCAAGAAUAUUCGUCUUUGUGAAUGAUAUGAUAUGACUUUCAUAUAUUCUUAACCGAAUAUUCGUCUUUGUUAAAACUUAUUUCACAUAUCCUAAAGUAACAUCAACGAAAACUAAAUUUUUGUCUAAUUGCGGUGGCCGGGAAGCAAACUUACCAUUAGAAAUUAUUUAGGGAAUUCAGUAUGGGUCUACUAUGAACACACGACCAACUGGACAGUUAAGGUUUGUAGUUCACAGGCCUGGCACGGACUCUGCGAGGUCCCAACAUAUAACUGAACGAGUUUUAGUUAAUUGUUCUUGUUUCUCUCUUCUCAGGGAACGUGUCUUUCUCGCAAAUUGAUCCUCACCGGAUUAUAAAACAAGAAACAGACGAAAACUACAACAUUACAACGCCGCCUCGCUCAGCCAGGAGCCCUUCGCCGAGAGGAAACAGGCGAAGUAAAUCGCCCCAGGAUAAUGCAUCACCCCAUCAAUUCACCGAGAACUUCUCGCCAGACAACAUGAAAAAAGAAUAUUCAGAAGAUGUUUCCCUACCUGGGAGCGCGGCUCGUUCACCAAAUUCUCCCUUUUUUGAGAGGAGGUCGCAUUCUGAGGCCAUUGUUGUCUCAAACACAACCUUACACGUACCGGGUUCUCGGUUGUUCCGACCGGACGAACGAAUGAGAAAUCUACAUUUCGAAGCGCUAAAAAACCAUCAAGGUUCGACUGUACAUGCUGAUGAUCUUCCUUGCACCUCUAAGAGGGUUUACAGCCAUUAUGGUUCAGUUCCUACCAUGGUUUCACGUUACCCGGAAAAUUUUGUUGUUCCACGUUUUAGAGCACGAAGCAACGAGGAUUUUUUGCGCCACGAGUGGCAACAGUCCUCUCUGUACGAGGUUAGUCAUAGGGAGCCUUCCCUUUACAGAAACGGUGUUACAAAAGUCUUAAAUGAAAGUGAACCCAGAAGCAAGAAUACCUCCAAUGGUUUCCAAGAAGAGCAAGGGCCUGAAGUGAAUGGCUCAUCGCCAAACGACCCCAAAACGUAUCAAAACGGGGUCUCCGCAACUGGAAUAAAUUCAGAACAGGGCGCUGUCCACAGGAAGGACGAGGAGCCAGUUUGGAAGAAAUACCAGUGGUACAGAGACCGGAAGCGACCACAUUCUCAGCAGACUAAACCGCGUAAAUUAGAGCAAACCAUUUUCAUGCAGUACAACGAGAUCCGCUGCAGAAGAGUACAAGAGGGAAAGGUAGUGAACGCAGGGAGGAGGAGAUCGUCAGAGUCUUGGUUUCUCGGCGACGGUAAAGAAGUCAAUCAUUCGCAUCCUUUGUCUCCUAGAAGGGCUCGCACUCGCGAGUAUUCUUACGGAGAGGCGCAGUCCAACAUUGCCGUUGUUGAGCAACUACGUUCCCCACCUCCACAAACGCUGGGCCACGACAAUUUGGAGCGCGCAAACAAAUCGUACGUUCUGCCCAGGGGUAACCUUACUCACAACGUUGACGAAGACAAUUUGGAGAGAUUCAAGGACGCGGAUGAAACCGAUUUUAACAGGACAGGAAACUUUUAUUGUUUCUGUGGUAGGGAAGGCUGCAUUGAGCAACAAAGAUCAGCUCGGCCUGUCAUCUUCUGCCAUGAAGAACUAAAAGCAAGAAACCAAGACUGCAGCACUAAGUUUAGGGAAGAGACAGGCGUUGAAAUCGUUGGUGGCGAAGAACGAAUGUCCCCUGACCUUGGAGAUGACACUUUUGAAGGGAUCAGCAGCCAAAUAGAUAAUGAUAACACAGAGGUUCUUCCCGAGAAAUUGCGUCAUUGUCCCCAAGACGUAGCAAAGAUUCUGCGUCUUAACAGGAUCGUAAAAGCCGUCGCAAAUGGCAGGAAAAGGGCUAUUACUUCAGAUUCGAAAAAAGAGCUGCAAACAGUCAUUAAAAUGAAGAAACGCGAGAACAAUCACAACUCGACCGCAAAUGGAGAUGAUGAUGAAGUUACGUCUAUAGGAAGACUCGAAAAGCGGAUGGAAAAUCUGAGCGAUUCUGAACAAGAGAGCGACCAAAGAUGCGACAGCGAGAAUUUAGCGGAGAAAACGAUAGAGGAUGAUGACGAUGAUGAAGAAGAAAGAAAUCCUAUUGGAAACUACAUGGAUUAUUUUAGCUACCCUGAGAAAAAGCCUCAGCAAAUGAGAAACGAAUUCGAUAACAGUUCUGUCUUUCCGCAGUCUGUUUCCGAUCAAGAACCGUUUCCAGUUCGCAAGCCAAACGGUGUUGAAGAUAUACCUGCCCGUGAUGACGACGCCGCGGUAUGUCAGGUAAACGGGCUUCUUUCACUGCCCGGAUUCAAAGAAACAAAGUUUAACAUCAGCCUCGGAGAGCUUAAAAGACGGAUGAACCCGCCGGAGACACUAACACGAGUUGAAAUGAUAUCAUACGUGAGACAGGCCAAGUCAUCGGGGAGGGUUCUCCUGGACAAAAACAACAUCGUCACCGCUAAUCGUUCGCGCCCCACUAUUCUUUCGCGCGUUUGCGAGGGUGAGGCGCAAGUCUUAGCCGAAGGAAUACAGAAGAUGAACAGGGACUAUCUACCGCUUACAGAGCUGGCUCGUAAAACGGUCGACGCUUAUAAGGACGACGACUGUCAGGUAGAGAACUGUGAAGACUGCAGACUCAAACUCAGAAGAAGAAUUGUGGAUGUUGAAAUAACAAGGUCAGUGUAACAAAUCGUUGAGCAAAUCGAUCAAGUAUUAACAGUAAGCAUUUCUGAGACAGUUAGGGAAUGUAUUUAGAUUUGGUUAUUGGAAUAGGGGAAAAUGACAUCGUAUGGAGCAACCGCUUCAACGAAAAGAUGAUGUCUUGUUUGUAUCACACUCAUCGCUCACCUGGAAAUCAUCACAGAGACGGUUCAGGGUGGACCGUACUUUUGUAGAAUGCUACUGAUAUUUCAAGGGGUUAAAUUUGAAACUGGAAACGUACGUUACAUGAUGGCAAGGUAAAUCUUCAGCCAGUUGUGCUGUAUCAUAUAUAAAAGAAACACCGUGUAUAACAUAUCAGAUAUCAAACACUGCUCGAACGACGAGAAUCGGGUACACUGCAAAAUAUCAAAAGAUAAUUGCGCUUUCCUAUAAAGAGCUAAAAUUUAUUAUCAUUUAAUUACCCGGUUUGAAUAACCGCAAAGGGUCACCCUUUUAGUUCAAAUGUUUAUCAGCGUUUACAUGAAAAAUUUUCAAGUCGGAUCAAGCCUUUCUGUUGGGUAACCCUUAUCGAAAUGCAGGCUGGCUCGAGUAGAAGGGUUCAAAACUUCUUCAAUUUAUUCAUGUUACACGGACUCAAAAGCCCAAAAGCUAAGCCGGAAUGGCAAAUCCACUCAAAUAAGCACCUUUAUUCCGCAUUUCUUGCUUAAAAUCAUGUCCUUGAUCAUCAAUUACUAUCAUUCCGUCCUACAUAUUCGAGUUUGUAAUUUUCUUGUUUUUGAAAUCUUUGCGGCCCAUAUCGUUUGUCUUUUUCGGCGUUAAAAAUACUGACCUAGGUAUGUCUCAAAGCAACCACAUAUCGUACUAACAGCAACCCGGGAUAGCGUAGAGUGUUUAUUCUCAGCAAUCUUUGCUAUGAUUCAAUCUAGGAUCGUGUUAAGGGUCCCUCCGUUUGAUUCUCUCUUAGCUUGGUAUGAUUAGAGAUGGCUUUUCCCGAUUUUCAGCCUCUAUCAUCCUUAAAAACGAUAAAUAAUACAAACAUACUGUGGCUAAACUCUGACAUAUUGAUUUGCUUCUCUUGUUUCAACUUUUCUACAGAAACUCGCUGAAAGAGCUGCAUAAGACCAUCGAAGACAGUAGAAAGGACGAUCUACUUCAUACAUUUGAGCUUGCGUCGCACACUUUUGGGGUGGCAAACAUUCUCAACCAUUUAUCUCUUCUAGAUGACUACUUUAAAACUUUGUUAUUGACGCUACAAGACGAAUGA